GCUGCUGCUGUGCAACUCCUCUCCCCACGCUCUCUCUCCCUGCCUGCCUUUCUUUCUUUCUUCGUCUCCAACUCAAGCCCAGGGUUUCAGAGCGCCGUUCACCACCACUCUCACCCUCUCAGCCGCGGCCGCCCUCACAGGUGAUUCUUCUUCCUUCUUCUCGAACUCUCGAGAUUACCUCCCCGCAACCUCUCUUCGCCCUAUUCUAUCACUGUAGUCCACUCCGCUCGAUUUCCGAUUCUGCACAGAAACUUUGAGCAGUUCGUCUCCAGUGCCCUUUUCUAAUGCAGCUAUCUCUCUGCCUGCUUGCUAGCUUUUGCUUUCUCUGGCCCGUGGUGUGUUCUGCAUCGACAUAGGGAACUGAUUGACGGUGGCUCUCUCUCUUUUAGGGUUUUUGCUUUUUACAUUUGGUAACUGUUGCUGUUAAGUUAGUCUGCCAUAGAAUCCUCAGCUUGAGUUCAGAACGCGCUUUAAGCCGAUUGCUCCACUGCUUAUUUUACUUGGAUGUGUUUCUGAACUGGUUGCUGUUGACCGUUUUUUCUGUGUAUUUGGAUGAACUGGAUCUGCUUUGCUUUCUGAAAAAGAACAAUCUUGUUUGCUUCAGUGUUCAAUUAUUGGUUUCUGGUGGGCUUUUGAAGUAUGUAUUAGGACAUCUUACACGUUCCUCUUUGAUGAAUUUUUGUUAUUAAAAACAACUAUGAGUGAUAUCAUCCACUUUCCAGUGGAUUUUCUUUAAGGGGUGUUUUAGUUGUUCUGAUGGUUUAACUACCUGAAUAUUCUAUGGAAUUGCUUAACUCCGCCAGUUGAGAUGUAUGAAUAUGAUGACCAAGCUCCUAAUGGUCUGUCUCUUGUUUUGUAGAUACAGAUAAUAAGUCAUGGCUAUGGAAGUCACCCAUGUUCUUUUGAGUGCACAAUCAAUAGAUGGGAAUGUACGGAAGCAAGCAGAAGAUAGUCUGAAACAGUUUCAAGAGCAAAACCUUCCUUCUUUCCUGCUAUCGCUCUCUGGGGAGCUAGCCAAUGACGAGAAACCUGCUGACAGCCGUAAGUUAGCAGGUCUUAUUCUCAAGAAUGCAUUGGAUGCCAAGGAACAACAUAGGAAGGUUGAACUUGUCCAGAGAUGGCUAAUGUUGGAUGCUACGUUGAAGGCUCAGAUUAAGUCCUGUUUAUUGAAGACACUUUCUGCGCUGGAAGCUGAUGCUCGAUCUACUGCAUCACAAGUGAUUGCCAAGAUUGCAGGCAUUGAGCAUCCCCAGAAGCAGUGGCCGGAGUUGAUUGGCACGCUCUUGUCAACUCUACAUCAGUUGCCAGCUCAUGCUAAGCAAGCUACUCUGGAGACUCUUGGUUAUUUUGGUGAGGAAGUUUCGCCUGAUGAUGUGGAUCAGGAGGACGUGAACAAGAUUCUCACUGCUGUAGUGCAGGGAAUGAGUGGAACUGAAGUAAACAAUGAUGUGAGGCUUGCUGCUGUUCGGGCCCUUCAUAAUGCACUUACCUUUGCUCAAGCUAAUUUUAGCAAUGACGUAGAGCGUGAUUAUAUUAUGAGAGUUGUCUGCGAAGCUACUCAAUCAACGGAUGUGAAGAUCCGGCAGGCUGCUUUUGAGUGUUUGGUCUCGAUUUCAGCAAUGUAUUAUGAGAAGUUGGCCCCUUACAUUGAGGAGAUAUUUAAGAUCACAUCAAAGGCAAUGAAGGAAGAUGAGGAGUCGGUGGCUCUUCAGGCAAUUGAGUUUUGGAGCUCAAUAUGUGAUGAGGAAAUCGAUAUCUUGGAUGAAUAUGGGGGUGAUUUCAGUGAAGCAGGCUCUAGCAUACCUUGCUUUUACUUUAUCAAGCAGGCUCUUCCUGCUCUUGUUCCUCUCUUACUGGAGGCAAUCCUGAAACAGGAGGAGGAUCAAGAUCAAGAUGAAGGUGCAUGGAACAUUGCAAUGGCUGGAGGCACCUGUCUUUAUCUGGUUGCACGUACUGUAGGGGAUGAUGUUGUUCCGCUUGUAAUGCCAUUCAUUGAACAAAAUAUCACAAAGGAGGAUUGGAGACAAAGGGAGGCUGCUACUUAUGCUUUUGGCUCAAUCUUGGAGGGGCCAUCCAUAGAGAAACUGACACCCAUCAUUACUGUGGCUUUGAAUUUCAUGUUGACUGCCCUAAUGAAGGAUCCAAAUAACCAUGUGAAAGAUACCACUGCUUGGACUCUUGGUCGUAUCUUUGAGUUUCUCCAUGGGUCGACAAUUGAUGCCCCUAUAAUCACACAAGAGAAUUGCCAGCAGAUCAUUAUGGUUCUGCUUCACAGUAUGAAGGAUGCACCAAAUGUAGCUGAAAAGGCCUGUGGUGCCCUUUAUUUCCUUGCCCAGGGCUAUGAAGAUGCAGGGGCGUCCUGUCCUCUUACUCCUUGUUUCCAGGAAAUUGUGCAGUCCCUCCUCACUGCUUCUCACAGAGAAGAUGCAUCAGAGUCGAGGUUAAGGACUGCUGCAUAUGAAGCUCUGAAUGAAGUUGUGAGGUGCUCUACCGAUCAAACUGCACAUUUGGUUUUGCAGUUAGUUCAGGUCAUCAAGGAUGAGCUUAUGAAGAGCCUUGAAGGGCAGGCAAUUGUGUCAGAGAGAGAGAAACAGGGUGAGCUGCAGGGCCUGCUUUGUGGAUGUUUACAGGUGAUCAUUCAAAAGCUGGGAUCUUCAGAACAAACCAAGAAUGCCUUGAUGCAGCAUGCUGAUGACAUAAUGAGACUCUUCCUAAGCGUUUUAGGUUACAGAAGUGCAACUGUUAGUGAAGAGGCCAUGCUAGCUAUUGGAGCCCUUGCCUAUGCAUCUGGUCCAGAUUUUGAAAAAUAUAUGCCGGAGCUAUUCAAGUAUUUGGAGAUGGGCCUUCAAAAUUUUGAGGAGUAUCAGGUUUGCUCUGUCACGGUUGGUGUUGUGGGUGACAUCUGCAGGGCCUUGGAAGCUAAAAUUUUGCCUUACUGUGAUGGUAUCAUGACCGAACUCCUCAAAGAUCUAUCAAGCAAUCAGUUGCAUCGAUCCGUGAAGCCUCCAAUAUUCUCCUGCCUUGGUGAUAUUGCGUUGGCUAUAGGUCCAGAUUUCGAGAAGUAUCUAAUGUACGCCUCUCCAAUGCUCCAAAGUGCUGCAGAGUUGUCUGCACACACAGAAGGUGCUGAUGAUGAAAUGAUUGAGUACACGAAUGCACUGAGGAGCGGGAUUUUGGAGGCAUAUUCUGGAAUCCUUCAAGGUUUUAAGAACUCAACCAAGACACAGCUCUUAAUUCCUUAUGCACCACACGUGCUUCAGUAUUUGGACAGCAUGUACAAGGGAAAGGACAUGGAUGACUUGGUGAUGAAAGCCGCAAUUGGGGUACUUGGAGAUCUAGCUGAUACGCUGGGGAGCAAUGCUGGUUCUUUGAUACAGCAGUCUCUUUUCAGCAGGGACUUCUUGAAUGAAUGCCUGUCAUCCGAUGAUGAAAACAUCAAGGAAUCUGCUGAAUGGGCCAAGCUAGCCAUCACAAAAGCCAUCUCGGUAUGAAUGACAAUGGAGGGAGGUUGCUGCUCGGCGAAUUGGCGUGCUCUUUCCUUAAGAGAAGUCUUGCCAGCGUUCGGUGUACCUGAGUAAUUUUUGCGGGGUUUCUCCAUCUAUCUGCUCAUUGAACAACAGUUUUCAGAUGGCAAAAAUCAUUGGUUUUUGAACAGAUGAAUGUAGGCUAAUGGACAUCAGGUGUCUUCUGGUUUACAAGGUCCUUUUCUCUCGUUGCUAGAUAUUAUCGUUUGGUUACUGGUCUAUAUGUCGGUCUCAUCCACCAUUUUAUUUUGCUUCUGAGUCUCUUUCUUGGUUAUGGCAUCAUUCAUUGUAGUUCUUUCUAUUUGGUUUUGCCUUCCAAUUGCAUGAAUAAGACUAUAAGAGUAAG